ACACUUAGAAUUUUUUUCACUCCCAAUUCCCUAUCAUUGAUUAUAGCAAACUCAUUGCACGUUUUUGCAAGAUAUGGCUCUCACAAGCUCUUCGAAAUCCAAGAGCAAUGGGUCCACGCUCCGGGGCAUAGGCGACGCGACGUUCGCGUCUCUUGGGAACCUCAUCAAGCUCCUCCCGACGGGGACGGUCUUCAUGUUCCAGUUCCUCAGCCCCGUCCUGACCAACAAUGGCCACUGCCACACCUUCAACAAGUACCUCAGCGGCCUCCUCGUCGGCGCAUGCGGCUUCUCGUGCGGGUUCUCUUGCUUCACCGACAGCUACUCCGGCUCGGACGGCCUGAUCCACUACGGCAUCGCCACGGCUAAAGGGCUGUGGCCCUCGUCGGCUUCUGAAUCGGUUGACCUGUCCAAGUACAAGCUCCGGGCGGGCGACUUUGUGCACGCGCUGCUCUCGACCAUGGUUUUCGCGGUGGUGACCCUGCUGGACCCGAACACCAUGGAGUGCUUCUACCCGUCGUUCGAGUCGAAGCAGAAGGUGUUGCUCAUGACUUUGCCUCCGGUGAUCGGCGCGGCUUCCAGCGCGGUUUUCAUGGCAUUCCCUAACAAGAGGCAUGGGAUUGGAUAUCCUCCUCCUCCUAGUGACGAGUCCAAUGAUCAAAGUGCUUCCCAGGAGGAGGAAUGAUUCAAAAGAUAAAAAUAAUGGCUUUCAUAUGUUAUUUGUAUGGCUGUAACUUUCAUAUGUUAUUUGUAUGACAUAAUUUAAUAUGUCUGUUGUGUGAAAAGUGGCAUGCCAAGGGUCUUGAAUUUGUCAUUGUUCUUCAAUUUAUGUUACACCAUAGUAGCUUGAUAAGCGAAUUUAUAACCUUGACGGGUGAAUCAUUAAGCAUCAGAUCUCAAGUUCGAAAUUAUCUCCUUCAUGCUAUUGUAAAAUUAGAUUAUAAGCAAAUUUUUC